ACUUCCAAUCCGACAGACGAGCUUCCCGACGAGGCUGUCUACGGCGGAGGCUAUGAAGCUCUCCGAGACAGCGUGAACAGCAUCAUCCAUCCUUACAUCAAACGUGGAGCGCAGGCCUGUCUGUUACACUCGUACCACCCGGACGCUUUCAAACCCUCGAUUACGGUCAUCUUGCCCAAACUCAACAAAGACGACUAUACAAGCCCGAAAGCCUACCGCCCAGUGGCUCUGCUGUCCGUCGUCGGCAAGCUGAUUGAGAGGAUUGUUGCAAACCGUCUCAAGAAACUGGCCUUAGAGCACAGCGACUUGAUACCCUCGACGCAGUUCGGUCUACCCGGCAAGUCCACGACCAAGGCACUGGAGCACCUCGUCAAUUUGGUGCAGCAGUGUUGGUCCCCUAUCGGCCGUGCCAAGUUGAAGGCCACGUUGAUGACGAUCGACAUUACGGGCGCGUACGAUCACGUCAGACGAUUCGAACUGCUAAAGAUCCUUCGCCAGAAGGGCGUUCCCGAUUGGAUUGUGCGGUUUGUCUGGUCGUUCCUCAGUGACCGCAAGACCGUCCUCAAACUCCCCGGACACACCUCUGAAGAGUUUUGGGUCGAUAUUGGCAUUCCCCAGGGUAGCCCUCUGUCCCCCAUCCUCUUUCUCUUCUUUUCCAGCCCCAUUCUAGAGGCUCUUCAGGUCUCUUGUCCGUUCGCAAGUUUUGCGCUGGCCAUGUCUUACGUUGACGACACCAACAUUCUCGUCACGUCUCCUUCGGAAGCUCGAAACUGUGAAGCAUUGAAGUUCCUCUACGACAACUUGGUGCGCUGGGCGUCGCCCAACGACAUCUUCUUCGGGCCUCACAAGACAUUCGUCAUGCAUUUCAGGAAAUCCGGUAGUCAUGGGCCGCCAAGCACCGAGCUUCCCGAUAUUCCCGGCCUCUCCAAGAACUGUCUGCAGACAGAGCUUCUUUUGCUCGGGGUUGUUGUGGAUUCGAAACUCACAUGGGCAGCACACAUUGAACAAGUCAUUACCAAAGUCAGGAGGAGGAUGAUCCAUCUUCGCAGAAUAUCUGGAUCGACUUGGGGGCCAUCAUUGCACGAGAUGAAGAAGCUUUACGUCAGCUCGGUUCUUCCCAUCUUCUCAUACGCUUGCCCCGUUUGGUUCGUCGACGGUCGAGGCCAGAAGAUCCGAGGCCAGUUGACAAAGACGUUGGUCCAAUCUCUCGACGCGGAACAGGCGCGGUUUCUGCGAUUCAUUGCAGGUGGAUUCGAGGCCUCUGCCUCGGAAGUUGUCCACAAGGAGCUGCACAUGAUUCAGCUUUCGGUCUAUCUUGAACAACUUGCUCUCAGGCACCGGAUCAACAACCUCUAUUCACCAGAGUAUCGGGACCUCGAGGCAAUGUGGGACAAUGUCUUUACAGACAUUGCAACGGUGCAGGAGUUGGGCGCUCAUCCCUACAAAGCCCUCUACGGCCAGGCGGAAUCCUUGUGGCUCGAGAUGCGCGAGAGGUCAGAAGCCGAGGGCUGGGCCGAUCCCAAGCGCCGCAAGGCCAUCAUCAAGGCCUACCUGAAGGACAUCUCUAUGGAGAGGAGCAGUCUAGCGUGGGAUCGAUACAGAAACGACCGAAGCGGCAAGGUCCGCAACAUUAACCGCAACACUCCGGCUCUCAAGGAAAACUGGGGCCCAGAGAGUCUCAAGUACUAUCAAGGGCUCACGCGUGCUCAGAGUAGCAUGUUGUUCCAAUGCCGCAGUGGGGUGAUAGGGUUGAACGGCUAUCUCUUUUCGCUUAAGGCGAACUUGGUUGAGACACACCGAUGUCGCUGUGGUCAUCCGAUGCAGACGGCCGAACAUCUCUUUGCCCAUUGCAAACAGCUCACCUUCGAACGCAGUCGCUUGCGUAAGCAUGUCGGCGUAAUCAACUUCGAUUUGCUGGUCACAACCGAGGCCAACGUAGCCACGGCGUGGGCGAUUCGCCAUUUCGACAUCGCUCACUCCCAACCUUCCGCCGCGAGCCGUCUGAGGCGCCGGCUUAUCGCCCUGACCCUGUACACCUCCGGCCCGUCCAUCGUGGCCAUUAUGGCCAGGCCGGCGUCGAUGUGCCUCCCCAGGGAUCCUGGCAUCCGUACCGGCCCGGCUGUCCACGGCGCCUGUGAUGUCGCCCAGCCGAAUUCCGCACCGCCGGAAGGUACUUCGCCACUUCUUGGGCGUGCCCACGUUGGCCACGAUGGCCACAGCGUCGAGCUGGCCGCUUUGGGCGAUGUUGGAAGCGAUGAGGAUGGAAAGAAUCUUUGCGAGCUCUGGUACGGCAAGUACGAUAAGGCCGCCUCUGACCAUUGCGGCCGACCAUGGCGGCCGACCAUUGCGGCUAACCAUUACGGCCGACCUCUGCCGUCGACCUUUCCGGCCGGCGCCGCCGCGCUAGCACGCUUAAAUACCUCCCACGUCUCUCCAUUGUGCCUGUGGUUGUCCAACACCACAUUCAAUAACCGCUGCAUCUCAUCAUCACCCAAACCCCACGACUCAAAAUCAUUCGCCCGGCAUCUUCGAUCGUCACAUACACACGACUUCUACGUAACUGAAAGAAAGUACCACGCCAUGGCUACAUUUUUUCACCUUCCUCGCGAGCUACGGGACAUGAUUUACCGGCUCUACGUCGUGUCCGACGGAGGCUAUGUCCUAAACCCCGAAUCGAACAGACUCAGAAAUGCCAUGGGCAGACCAAUCGACCUGGCCCUUACGUACACGUGCAAACGCAUUGCCGAAGAAAUGAGGGGCAUUGCACUGGAAGCGAACACCAUCACCGUUUCAACCUUUUACUCGCCAUACGAACGCCACAGAGCUAGAGACUUUGAUGUCGUCAUGACGAUGCUGCACGAUUCUCUACAAAGGGACCUCAAUCACGCAGAGCUUUUUCUCUGGGACGACAUCUGCGCUGAGAUCUCGGGAACAUUCCCACAGUUCACACCUGUACUCGACAUGAUCAAGCACGAUACAUGGCACAGUACACAGGGCCGGUCGUCCAAGCAAGGCCCAUGGGGUGAACCUCCCUCGGUCCACCGCGAUUUUGUGCGCUUUGCGCUGCAGACGAUCUCAAAUUUAGAUUACCGGCAUCGAUUUAAUGACGAGUUCGCAAAAGCCUUUUGCAAAAGAGAUGGCACCCGACCUCUUGUCGACUUGGAUCCGGCCCCUUGGAUGAUUCCAACUCAAUAUGAUCUCCGACAAAUGGUGGACGCGCUCGGCGGGAAGUCCUCGUUCAGAUCGUUUGGCUUCUUAGGCGGCUGGAUGGGCUCUGAAUCCGCUACACGACGUGCCAUGUAUCGUUAUUCUGCAGCAGCUGUUGCCAUCCGGUUUCUGGAGUCCAAUUCGCUAGAGACCCGAGCGCACCUGAGAGAUAUCGUGCUGAUCGAAGACCGGGAGUCUGUCUCGAACCCCGCGUGUCACGCCAUGGGGUUAAUCCCCUUUUGUCAAGAGAAUCCCGCCAUGCGGAUAGAGCGACGCGUCAGCUUGUGGCACAAUGCCUUCUUCUACCAUUCAAGUAUAUCAGAAGCAAUUGGUUGGCGGACGAAAGAAUAUCGACAACUGGAGGCCAACGAGAUAUCUUUCGCCGUCGCGCGCUGGGUCAUUGAGACCCUGCCACUUAUCCCCGCCGGCAUGCCCGCCAAGUCGUUCACAUUAGUCUUGGACGGAGAGGGCGAUCCGCAGUGUACAGAGAUCUUCCAGACUGUGGUUCUGCGCGACGCUGCUUGGCAGCAGGCGAUGGACGAAUGUUUCCAAAACGGCGAUCUUCCUCCAGAACCGUAUGGGAUGAGGAGAAACAGCCAGAGAAAUGACGUGGCCGCCAUCUGGUCCGCCUUCAACGAGUCUUAUUUAUUUGACAAGUUUCCGCAGGCAAUGCGAGAAAUCGUCGAAGGGACGUCCAUGGUUCGUUGCACUUUUGAUCCCGGCGAGAUUAUGGAUGUGCAGCGGCUCAAGUCAGUCGCGAAGCGGGAGUCAUGGAGUCUGGAUCACUGGAGAGUCAAGUGGUAUGAUCGCGAGAAGAAGACCUACAAACCUACUCCCCCAUUGCCUUCCUGGACCGCAAUUAAAGCUGGUUAUCUAUCUAAUCGUCAUGUUAGGCCCUUCCGCCGCUAA